UUCCCACGGAAGUAUCCUCCCAUUUUCCAUAGGUUUCGCAAGGUUUGCAUUGACGGUAGUGUGCGUUUCUCUGUUGGAAGAAUUUAGUCGUUUUGGCAUGACAUUCGUGUACAGCAGUAUUUGAAUUUUUGGAGGCAUGUCCAAGAAAAGGGGCAGAAAGCGGAGUAGCGGGGAGCUGAGUGACACCACAGUGAUGACCCCUGACCCCAACAGUCUCCUGGGAGUGAGAAUACAACACAACUGGAGGGAGAAGGGCAGCCAGAGCAAAUGGAAAGGCACCGUCCUGGACCGUCUCAGUGUCAACCCCUCACUAUUCAUGGUCAAGUACGACGGGUUUGACUGCGUCUACGGCAUCGAGCUAUUCAAGGACGAAAGGGUGUCUAAUCUACAGGUCCUCACGGAGAAACUUGUCAACAACAAGAUCAAGGUUCCUCACGGGGCAGAGGAUUUGGUAGGCAAAGCGGUGGAGCACCUUUUUGAGAAGGAGGAUGGAGAGAAGAACGAGUGGCGAGGCAUGGUCCUCUCCAGGGCUCCCAUCAUGACUAACUGGUAUUACAUCACCUAUGAGAAGGACCCCGUGCUCUACAUGUACCAGCUGUGGGACGAUUAUGCCGAGGGAGAUCUCAGGAUCUUACCUGAAGCAGAAAAUAAGCACUUGCUUCCGGCCGACCGAAAGCCCGGCGAGGAGACUGAGAGUCUCGUGGGUAAGCAGGUUGAGUAUGUUACUGACAAAGGUGUGAAGCGAACAGGCCUAGUGAUCUACCAAGUCCCUGCCAAGCCUUCUGUAUACUACAUCAAAUACGACGAUGACUUUCACAUCCAUGUCUACGACCUGGUCAAGACCACAUAGGACACUUGUUUACUCCAUCGCUUACUUUUCACUUAUCCUCCUCUCUCGAUCUCUCGAACUCUCUAAAGGCCCUGGAGGGUUUAACAGUUAUGCUUUGUCAUUCAGGAAGUGCAAUCUAUUAGUCCACAUUGAAUCUAGUUCUAUGAUAUGCACAGCAGAACUGUAGCAAUGAUAUUGUAGGCCAUUAGGAGGAGGGUGGGAACAUGUACACUUGGAAGGACCUUUUUACCCUCCCCACUUCUUUGUUUACCCCAUUUCGUGGUUGUGCUCCACCAUAGACUCACAUCUUGGACAGUCCAGGAGUGCACCUUGCCCUAUGACAGACUCACAUCUUGGACAGUCCAGGAGUGCACCUUGCCCUAU